GCUGCGCUCUUGCCUUCUGCUGCUGCAGCUGCUGCGCUCUUGCCUUCUGCUGCCGCUGCUGCUGCGCUCUUGCCUUCUGCUGCCGGUGCUGUUGCGCUCUUGCCUUCUGCUGCCGCUGCUGCUGCGCUCUUGCCUUCUGCUGCCGCUGCUGCGCUCUUGCCUUCUGCUGCUGCUGCGCUCCUGCCUUCUGCUGCAGCUGCUGCUGCGCUCUUGCCUUCUGCUGCCGCUGCUGCUGCGCUCUUGCCUUCUGCUGCAGCUGCUGCGCUCUUGCCUUCUGCUGCCGCUGCUGCUGCGCUCUUGCCUUCUGCUGCCGCAGCUGCUGCGCUCUUGCCUUCUGCUGCCGCUGCUGCUGCGCUUUUGCCUUCUGCUGCCGCUGCUGCUGCGCUCUUGCCUUCUGCUGCCGCUGCUGCUGCGCUCUUGCCUUCUGCUGCCGCUGCUGCCGCGCUCUUGCCUUCUGCUGCCGCUGCUGCUGCGCUCUUGUCUUCUGCUGCCGCUGCUGCUGCGCUCUUGCCUUCUGCUGCCGCUGAUGCUGCGCUCUUCCCUUCUGCUGCCGCUGCUGCUGCGCUCUUGCCUUCUGCUGCCGCUGCUGCUGCGCUCUUGCCUUCUGCUGCCGCUGCUGCUGCGCCUGCUGCUGCUGCUGCUCCUGCUGCUGCUGCUGCGCUCUUGCCUUCUGCUGCCGCUGCUGCUCUGCUGCGCUCUUGCCUUCUGCUGCCGCUGUUGCCUUCUGCUGCCGCUGCUGCUGCGCUCUUGCCUGCUGCUGCCGCAGCUGCUGCGCUUUUGCCUUCUGCUGCCGCUGCUGCUGCACUCUUGCCUUCUGCUGCCGCUGCUGCUGCGCUCUUGCCUUCUGCUGCCGCAGCUGCUGCGCUCUUGCCUUCUGCUGCCGCUGCUGCUGCGCUCUUGCCUUCUGCUGCCGCUGCUGCUGCGCUCUUGCCUUCUGCUGCCGCUGCUGCUGCGCUCUUCCAUUCUGCUGCCGCUGCCGCUGGCACCCGCAUUUAG